AUGGAGGACAUCACAGCGGUCUUACCGCACAGCAAGAAGGAGCCAAAGGUGGACUUAGCACUGCUAGUGGUGCCUUCCCACGCAUGGAAUGGUCAUGUGCCCCUCUCUCACUCUUUAUCGUUUUCCUGCCUGCUUUCUUCUCCCAGGUACCGCCAUCUAAUGGAGGACAUCACGGCGCUGUUGCCGCACAGCAAGAAGGAGCCCAAGGUGGACGUGGCUCGCGGCCGUCAGCUCAACGAGGCUCUUUCUGAGCUCAUGGACUUACGGGGCUGCUCCCUGUGCCUCUUCUUCGAGUCCCUGCCCCGUGCCUUAUACGCACAAGCGCAAGACCUGCAGCUCUGUCUGUGCCACUGCCAGCCAUCUGUGUUCAUGCCCCUGCCGCCCAUACACUGGUGGUGCCAGCCAUCUCUCUCCUUCCAUCUCUCUCCUUCCAUCUCUCUCCUUCCAUCUCUCUCCUUCCAUCUCUCUCCUUCCAUCUCUGUUUCCCUCUCACUGCCAGAUGCGCAAGCAGAGAGACCUAUACCUGUGGCUAAGCAAGGGGCCCUCGGGUCCUUCCGUGAAGUUUCUCGUCAGUGCAGCGCACACAAUGAAAGAGCUGAAGCUGCCAGGCAACCACCUCAAGGGCUUUCCUUGUUCACCCACUCCUCUCCCAUGCUUCUCCCCUCUUCCACCUCCCCCCACCCUCCGCGCCAUCCCUCCACACCCCCCGCCUCUACCCCCCCAGUGCACACAACGGAGGAGCUCAUGCUCACAGGCAACCACCUCAAGGGCCGUCCGUCCUUGUCCGCCCACUCAACUCGCCCACUCCCCCUCCUUCCUUACUCCCCCUAUCACACCACAUCCCCCCCCACCAACCCCCCAGUGCACACAAUGGAGGAGCUCAAGCUAACGGGCAACCACCUCAAGGGCUCGCGUCCCUUCCUCACCUUCUCGCCCUCGUUCGACCGCCUGCCCUUCCUCUCCACACGCACGUACGCUCCCCCUCCCACUGACGCUCCCCCUCCCACUGACGCUCCCCCUCCCACUGAUGCUCCCCCUCCCACUGACGCUCCCCCUCCCACUGACGCUCCCCCUCCCACUGCACUCACCUUCAACCCCUCGUUUGACCGCCUACCCUUCCUCUCUGUUCUCAAGGAGCUCUUAAUCCAGGCACGCCCUCACGGCCUUCUUUCUCAUGCACUCACGGAUGCACACUCACGUGCCGUGCCCUUACCCAUUGCAGUCUCGCUCUACUCUGUCACUUCUUCCCUUCAAACGUUUGCAACCCCCAAGGGGCACCGCAAGGCGAAGCCAUUCUACGAUCAUGUGCUCACAUUCACCUACCUGGAUGGCCGCAUCUGGUUCAGAAACUACCAAAUAUGCAUUCCUGGAGCAGAGGGGGCAGCGAGAAUCGAUGACAUCACGAUGGAGAAGAUGUCGCUGGUGGAGGGGGCAUCCAGAAUUGAUGACAUCACCAUGGAGAAGAAGUCACUAGUGGAGAUCCGUAUCAAUGAGAAGAAGAAGCACGGGGAGGAGUAUCGGGAGAAGGUGCACGAGAGGCACUCUAGGGAGACAUACAAGGUGGUGAAUGCUCUUCCUGUGGAAGAUUUGGCUCACGUCUGGGAUGGGAAGGAGGAUGGGGAGGAGGAUGGAGAGGAGUGA